CGAGGAUCUCAGCUGGGUUUACUUAUUUAAAUAGGUUUGCUGUAACCGCUUCGCCAAAACGUCGCGUAAGGAUGCAGGUCGAGCCACUGAAAUCUCUGCAGCAAAAGAUAAUAAACGAUGAAGCCAAUCGAUCUUUCACGAAGAAACACUUGACAAAUAGGAUUGUUGACCAGUAUGCCGACAAGAAAACUUCCUUUGGUGGUUCGCUCGCACAGUGCGUCAGUCACAAUGCUCGUAAUCCGCGGUGCAUCCUUCCUCGCGCUUGUGAUUUGGAUGCUUACGAAGCUUUCCGGGAGUUCUUCGACGCCGUUAUUAUAGACUACCAUAAGAUUUCCACAGCACUAAAAAAUUUGACCGGCGAAUACAAGGGCACUUACUACCCGUUGACUGGGAUGAAGGAAGAAGAUCGUAAGAAGCUGGUGGAGAAGCACUUUCUUUUCCGCGACGAUGACAGCGUGUUGCGCGAUGCCGGUGGUUACAUCGACUGGCCGAAUGGACGUGGGAUAUUCAUCAACGACAAAGAAAAUUUCCUGGUUUGGAUAAAUGAGGAGGAUCAUAUCCGUGUGAUUUCUAUGCAAAAGGGUGGGGAUCUGAUAGCCGUUUACAAACGUCUCGCAAACGCGAUUUCAGAAUUGGGCAAGACACUGACUUUCGCGACCAGUGAUCGAUUUGGUUUUAUCACCUUCUGUCCCUCCAAUCUGGGGACUACUCUUCGCGCCAGUGUGCAUGCUCGUGUCCCCUACCUGUCAGCUCUGCCGAAUUUCGAGCAAAUAUGUGAAAAAUACAACAUUCAGGCCCGAGGUACUCAUGGUGAACACACCGCGUCUGUGGGUGGUGUCUACGAUUUGAGUAACAAACGCCGUCUCGGUCUGACUGAGAUUGAAGCCGUCACGGAGAUGUACAAUGGUGUUCAAGCCCUCCUUGAUCUUGAAAAGCAGUUGGCUGAUUACAACAAGGACGCUCCUGCUGGUGUUAUGCCGGUUGAACCGCUUCCCUAUCUGAGCCGCCUUUUGGAAGCUGCGGACCCAGUGAAGAACUACACUCGCAAACAUUUGACUCCGGAAGUCAUUAAGAAAUACGAUGGCGUACGCACUACGCACGGUGCCACUGUUGCACACAUGGUUCGUAACGGUGCUUACAACCCACAUUCAAUCUGUCCGCGUACGGGAGAAGCUGAAUGCUAUACAAAGUUUGUCGACUACCUGGAUGCUGUGAUUUUGGACUAUCAUGGAGUGAAUGAUCCAGCUUUCAAACACCCACCGCCAACUUUCGGGGACUUGAACAAUCUACCCUUUGGUGACGUCGACCCUGAAGGCAAAUUUGUGGUGUCUACGCGUGUUCGGGUUGGUCGCAGUGUCGAUGGAUUCCUAUUCUCAACCAUUAUGAGCAAGCAGGAUCGUUUGGAUUUGGAAACAAAAGUUUCAACCGCCCUCAAAAGUCUCACAGGUGAACAUGCCGGUUCCUACCAUCCGCUGGCUAACAUGUCUGAAGCCACCAGGAAACAGCUCGUGGAAGACCAUUUCUUGUUCAAAAAUGACGAUCCUGUGCUCCGUGACGCCGGUGGAUAUCGAGACUGGCCCCAUGGACGUGGUAUUUUCCACAAUGCCAACAAGACCUUCUUGGUCUGGUUGUGUGAAGAAGACCACAUGAGAAUUAUCUCUAUGCAAAAGGGGGGAGAUUUAGCAGCUGUGUACAAACGACUCAUCCAGGGUAUUCAAGCCAUCGAAAAGACACUACCAUUUGCACACAGUGAUAAGUAUGGUUAUAUAACCUGUUGCCCGAGUAAUUUGGGAACCACAAUGCGCGCUAGCGUUUUGCUCAAGAUUCCCAAGCUGAGUGCACAAAAAGCCAAGCUGGAUGAAGUCUGCGCCAAAUACCGUCUACAAGCUCGGGGUCUCCACGGAGAACACACUGAAUCGCCAGAAGGCAUUCACGAUAUCAGUAACAAACGACGUCUUGGUUUGACCGAGUUGGAAGCUGCCAAGGAAAUGGCCGACGGUGUCGCUCAAAUGAUUGCUAUUGAAAAAUCCUUGCCAUAAGGCUCGCUACCCGAUUGGUGAUGCCCAGAGCUGUUACCCGUACCACAAUCGACCUCCGGAUUCGCUUCAGUGACUUUGGACAGCAGCGUAUCUAGAUAACCCUCCUAGUUUACCAGACUCUUAUCUCUGUUCACCCUAUUUUGUUCAUUUUUGCCCUAGACCGGUUGAAAUAAGCAAAAUAUUUAGCGGAUC